AUGUCGUCUAAACCGCAAAUCGGCUUCUGCGGCCUAGGCGCCAUGGGCAUAGGAAUGGCGACCCAUCUCGUCAAGCAAGGCUACCCCGUAACCGGUUUCGACGUCUACCCGCCUUCGCUGGAGAAAUUCAAAGCCGCAGGAGGCGUACCCUCAACCUCACUGUCCGAGUCUGCGCGUGACAAGCCGUUUUACAUCGUCAUGGUCGCCUCGGCGAUGCAGGCUCAACCCGCGCUGUUCGAUAAAGACGGCAUUGUGGGUGCGCUGCCGAAGGGAGCGACGCUCUUGUUGUGCUCGACUGUACCGAGUGCGUACGCGAAGAGUGUGGAGAAAGAGCUGGGGGAUAUUGGUCGCGAUGAUGUUUUGUUUAUUGAUGCGCCUGUUUCUGGUGGUGCGGGACGGGCUGCUGAUGGUACUUUAUCGAUCAUGGCGGGCGCGUCGUCCGCGGCGUUUUUAAAAGGGCAGUGGCUUCUAGAAGAGAUGUCUGCGCCUUCCAAGCUUUUCAUUGUUGAUGGCGGGGUUGGGGCUGGCAGCAAUAUGAAGAUGGUUCAUCAGGUGCUUGCCGCUAUUCAGAUCCUGUCUCUGAGCGAAGCAUAUGGGUUCGCUGCUCGACUGGGUUUGAACGGACAGGAUGUGUACGACAAGGUACUCGGGAGUACGGGGUGGAGUUGGAUGUUUGAGAAUAGGAGUCAGAGGACGCUGAAGGAGGAUUAUUUCCCCGGAGCGAGUGCUGUGACGAUUAUCCUCAAGGACACCGGAAUCAUAACAUCCACAUCCCGCAGCGUCUCCUUCCCAUCAACCCUCUGCUCCGCCGCAGAACAAGUCUACUUCUCCGCCCUCGACCGCGGCUGGGGCGCCAACGACGACGCCGGCCUCGUCCGCCUCUGGACCUCCGACCCCGUUACCAGCAUCACCACCACCCUCUCCUCCGAAGAGAAAGAAGCGAAACUCCAACUCGUAGUCAACCUGCUUACAGGCAUCCACCUCGUCUCCGCCGCCGAAGCCAUCUCGCUAGCCAAACACGUCGGUAUCCCAUUACCGCAGUUCUACGAGCUGGCGUGUGAUGCCGCGGGUGGAAGCGCGAUGUUCAAGGAUGUGGGGGAGAAGAUGGUUGCGGUGCUGGAGGGGAAGGAGGAUGGGAAGGGGGCUGUGCUGGGGGGGUAUGCGGAGAGUUUGAGGAUGGCGGUGGAGGAGUCGCAGAAGAUCAAGUGUCCUGUGUAUCUUGGUACUGGGGCGUUGAAUCUGUUGUUGCAGACGGGGCGGGAGUUGAGUUUGGGGGCGUUGCUUAAGUGCUAUAUGCCGUAG